AUGAAACAAACAGGCAUCUUGUCCAACAGUUAUAUUCCGCCGUUGGCGCCCCAACUCGUUGCCAAAGAGCUCGCAAAGCUCAACCAGGACUCCCUGUUCAAUCUGGUGGACCUGUGGCUCAAGAUGGCCGCCACACAGCCUAAACCCACCAAAGAUCAACGGGCCCAGGGAGUCACCCAGAAAGAGCUGCUGCUGUAUUGCACAGAAACCUUGACCAGACUCAGAGACCAAAAGGCGCCAAAAAGAAAACUAAUCGACAGAUUGUUGGUCGAUUACUACCCUAACGGACUCAAUGCUCUCCAACUGGCCCAGAUCGAUAUCCAGAUGAUGGUGGACAAACCAGCAAAUUAUAGCUGGGUAUCGUCCACCGCAAAGGUCGUUGCCGACGAGUCAACUGUGCUCGACGACUUUGUGUUCUCAUUGGACUCCCAACUGUUCCUCGACCGACUCAUCACCAACCUGUCCAACCUCUAUCUCACCCACAUCUACAUCUCAAGACACCCAAGCUUCCCGCUCAUUCUUAUCCGGAUCCAGAUGUACGAGUACGUCCACUUCAAGAAGUCGCGCUCUACAGACCCAAACAUCGCAGACAAAAACCAGCCAGACAUCCUCUCGCGCACACCGUACUACCUGGCCAUCCCCAUGAGCUCGCCCAACCUGAUCCACUCCGCCUCGAACGAGGACGAUCUUGUGUCGAAGAUCAUCCUGCAGUCCGUCGAGAUGACGCUGUCCUCGCCGUUCCGCCAGAUCCAGCUCCACGCCAACCCAGACCCCCCAGUGCGCACUUUGGAGGCCAUCCACGUUUUAAAAGGUGUGUCGCGGUUCGGCCAGUCUCUCGCCAGCUGGACGCCCUAUGCCGACGGCACGGUCGAUAUCAACCCUCUGGGACUCGAAGCAGACCACCUUGCCCUCAAUCCGUCGCGGCUGGCCGCAACAACCGAUAAGAAACAGCUGGUGGCCAGUCUUAAGUUUAAAGGAUCUACAGCCCCAAUCAAGUCAGAAACGCUUUUCGAGUCCAACAGACAGCCGUUGAAAACACGCAAGCUCAACAACGAAUCCACAGAGUCCAGCUACGCCUCCCUGGUGCCCGUGCAGUUCGGCGAGUUCAUAAUAGAAGACACCACCACAGGCUCCGCAGAUCCUACUAAUAUCAAGUUGCGGUUACUGGGCAACGAUAUAUUUGCCGGCAUGCACGAGCUCGCAGUUACAGAUAUCGUCGACCCGGAGAAAGUCCCUGGCUGGCUCACCGGGUCUGAAAACUCCACGGUCGGCCGUGUGAAGAACGGCAAUCUGUCCUAG